CCAUUUGGAAGACACGGUCGUUAAUCAUGCCAAUCUUGACCGUCCAAUCAAUACUCUGUUUCUUGCCUCCUUCCUUGCCCAAUGUAAACUACACUCUCUUCCACGGCUCAUAUAUACCAAGCCAAUCCAGCAAAGGUUUUCUCGUGGUUUCCGAUUUCCGAUUCUCUCCGCUCCAUGGCAUCGGCGGCUAUUCGUUGUCACGGAAACCGGCAUUUCAUCAAUAGCCGUUGGCCGGGAGAUACUUCUCCGAUUAAUCAGAAUGCUCGUGUAGGGAUGUGUUCCGUCUCGAAAAAUGCUUGUUCCAGACGGAAACGAUGGAGGAUUUGUUCGAUGUCGAUGGGGAAAAGGACGGGAAUAGCGGUGGCAAAUUAUAAGAAUAAGAUCAACGGCGGUGAUGAGGUGGCGGUUGUAUAUGAGAAGUUGGAUGAGUGGAUGAAAAAUUCGGUGGUGGAGAUCGUGAAGAAUUUACGAGAAGCGCCUUUGCUGGUACAGAUUUACGAUAAGGGAGAAACAACGACGUUGAAGACGGAGAAGGCGGUGGAGGAGCAAACGUGGCCUUUGGUGAUGCGAAAAUGGGAGAAAAGAGAAGCGCCAUUGCCUGAAGGGGUAAUAUUCGUGGAGCAAUUGGAAAAGGAUGAGAAAGAGGAAGUGGAAGGGGAAGGGGAAGGGGAAGGGGAAGGGAUGACGAGGGCUUGGGGAAUAGUUGUGCAGGGGAAAGGGGUUGAUUGUGGGCCGGUGUGCUACUUGUUGAAGACGAGCAGAGCUGGGUCAUCGGGCUUAGGAGUCUGCUGCACCCAUUUCUGCUUGAUGAGGGUGAAGAAUUUUAGGGAAAGUGCCAGGUCUCAGCUCAAGAAUUGCUGGUUGCUACAAGGGCAAUAAGCUACUGGGUUAGUUGAUCAAUUACUGGCGUAAACAAUUUGGAUUAUUUUAAUAUUGGUUAUGAUGUAAAUGAUUUUUAUAGGAACUUCAUUACUCUAAACUGUAAUGAUACAUUCAUCUCAUCAAAUCUUAUGAGCAGUGAAGGUUGAUUCUUUUUUUCGUUAAA